UUUUCCUCUUUUUACUGAGCGUUUGAAUGUCUCAUUAUGGUGAAGAAGCAGAAAAACAAAUAGGGAGGAAACAAGCGGCUGCGUGUAUGCGUGUGUGUUAGCGACUCAUGGCAUCUCCUUAGAGUCCGCUUUAGUUUUGUCAGUGUGGUCAGGAGACGGAAUGUUCGCUAGCGAAAGGAGCCAUUGAGGAGGAAAAAUAGUUUUCAGCUCACUGUCGACAGAGGUGCUAACCAAAUGCUGUUGAACCUGGACCAGCAUCUCUACUCAUUUUCCAUGAUACCCUUUUUAAAAGCCGUGCAUUUAAAGGGAGAGGAGUCGUCCGAGUAAGCUUGGAAUUACAGUCACAUUUAUUAUUGUUCUAAAUUGUAUUCCGUUAGCUCAUUAUUCUUUAUUCGUCUCGGCUGGAGUUGAGUCAUCGUUAAAGAUGUUGACUGGAUCCAAAACCACAUUCAAAGUGAGACAAAUGUUGCCUGACAUCAAGGAGAGAAUGCUAAGUCAGAGUGGCGUGAACUCCAGGAGCAGAGAUGUGUUUGGACUACAUUGCCUUCCAGGUGAGUGUAUACUCCAGAGAGCUGUUAUGGUGAGGAAGAAGUUGACUGCCAGGGAAGGGAGAGGUUGGCUUUCUGGUACGCUCUUCUGUACUCACUUCAGAGUGGCCUUUGUGCCACAGGAAAGUAUCAAACCUGAUGACAAUGCAGACCCUGUGCUUUUGGGAGAUCAUGAUGUGGCUUUGGCAUCGAUAGACAAGGUUGUAGUUGUGGGACCUAACAGGACCAAGCUUAUGACCCCAAACUCCUCACUUAAAUUCACACCCGAGGAGCUGGUGCUUUACUGUCGGGACAUGCAGGUCAUCUGCUUCCUGUUUGACCGCCUCACUCCUGAUGCACAGGUCAUAGAGAUGACUUACACCAUUGUAAAGACCUACCAACCACUUAAACCAGGGUCAGUUUUAUCUUUCCAGAAUGCUGCUCUUGGGAGUAUAGAGAUGAAGCAGUUCUUAAGCAACCGUCGGCGAGACACGAAGAUGAAUUGGUUUGAGACGACCUCCGACUGGGAACAAGAACUUGCCAGGUGUGCGGCCACUGGCUGGAGGGUCAGCUCAGUCAACGACCGCUUUGAGAUGUCCACCAGUCUGCCUAGGUUCGUUGUGGUACCACAGAAAGUUUUGGACACGGAGUUGAAAAAAAGCUUUGCCCACUUCAACGAUGGACGCAUCCCUCGCUGGUGUUGGCAGCACCCACAAGGCAGCGUCCUACUGAGAAUGGCCAGUUUCCAGAACAACAUUUACCACGAGAAAGAUGACAUCAGGAACCUGGAGAUGAUCUUGUUCGGUUGCCAUUCUUCUCUGUGUGUGGUGGUGGAGCUGGAUGAGGAGCUGCCGUCUCCCCCCGAAGUCCAUGUGGCACACACAAAGUGACUCCUUUUACUUCUGUCUCGUACUGUAGAUAUUUCCGCAUCUCUGUCCGUAACUGACGACAAAUGGUUAUCUACCCUGGAAAGCACACACUGGCUGGAUUAUACAAGGUCCUGUUUAAGGAAAGCUUCAGAAGUAGCUUGUCUUCUUCGCGGCAGCCACUUGACUGUGGCACUGCAGGAAGCUGAGGACCGGGACAUGAGCUGCGUGGUGUCCAGUCUGGUUCAAGUGAUGUGUGAUCCUUACUGCCGAACCCAGCAUGGUUUCCAGAGCCUGGUGCAGAAGGAUUGGGUGAUGGCUGGUCACCGCUUCUACAGCCGUAUGAACUACCACCGUGAUAACGACAAAGAAGAGGCUCCGGUCUUUCUUCUCUUUUUGCACUGCGUGUGGCAGCUGUGGUCUCAAUAUCCCUCUCGCUUCCAGCUGACGGAGGACUUCCUGUUAGCCUUGCAUGACAGUAUCCACCUGCCCCUUUUUUCCAGCUUCUUGGCAAACUGUCAGAGAGAACGAUGCAAGCGCUCCCAGAACCAGGGGCAGUCCUACACACCUGUCAAAGGAUGGAGAGAUGAACUCCCUCAAGAUCCGUCCGCAGACCUAUGUGACCCUCCUCUGCCCCCCGUGUGGGACUGGGCCCUGCAAUACAGUAAACACAGACAAGAGAGCUUUACCCAACCGGUCGCCACAACAACCGUGCACCAGCCAUUGCUCAAUGGAAAUCUUAAUAUUAAAAAGGACCAACACAAGCUGACUGAAACCAUACCUGGUUCAGUCUUUCUCUUUUCUCGAGGAACAUUCUCCUGUCCGCCUAACUUGCUUCCCUGGCGCACCAGCAGUUCGGGAGUCUACAAAAAGAGCCACCGGAGGGCACUGUCGUCUGAGGGCAUGCCUGGAUUGGAGAAGUUGCUGAAAGCCUGGGCCUUGGCUGAUUUUCCUCAGAGCCUCUCGUGCAACUCGGAACCUCGAAGACCAUGUGACCCGUCCGAGCCCUUACUGCCUCUGCUUUUAGGGCCCUGCAUGGGACUUUGGAGGGAGUGCUUCCUCCGAGGGGCGCUCCAUGCUCAGGCUUUCUCACACCCCAUUUCUGCCAACCACCCCCACCCUGUGGAGCGAUUAGCAAAGGAGGUACGGCAUCUGAAACACCAGCUGGCCAAGUUUGCCUCCGGCACGGACACCAAACCUCCCGUAAAGUCGAGCGAGCAGCGGCCAACAGACACCAACUCAAACCAAAACGCCAACAACAGCACUUUCCUGUUCUCAGCUUCAAGACCUCACGGCACUUGCGCACUCAGACCGGUACCUGCUCCUACAGCCACCCACCCCCAGACCUCCAGGGGUUGUCCGCCAGCCACCGCUCCGACUUCCAGGCCCAGUGACAGGGACAGCAGUGUCAGCAAGCACACCUUUCUGUUUGGGCGUUCGUCAUCAGCAGAGGCUUGUCCUGGCCAAAGGCACUAUCCCACAAAGGUACACAAAGGCAGUGGCUCCGCAGCUUCAUGAAUUCUGACCUUGGACAUACACGUACUGAUAAACAUGAGCACUGGUCAAAGCCUCUGAGACGAUAUAUAUAUACAGUGUCAAAUCUGAUGUGAACCAUAAACGCAGCAGAAAGGGAAACGUGUAGAGUAGAAACGAGAACUACCGUAAUUUCCGGAACUAUUGAGCGCACCUGAAUAUAAACCACACCCACUAAAUUUAAAAAGAAAAAAAAUGAUUGUACGUAUAUAGGCGGCACUUCUCUAUAAACUGCAGGUGUUCCUAUUUUAACUUUUUUUUUUUUCACUUUUAAUUAAAUAAAUGCUUUUUUUCCGAACAGUGCCUGUAACACGGCUGGUUACACGUUACGCUCUUUCCUGCUUCGGCGCCCCGACC